AAACAUAACCAAAGCUGAGUGUAAUAAUUCAUUUAAAAUUGAGGAAAUUAUUUCGCUAUCAUUUGUAAUUAAUUAAUUGAGUUGUCAUUUAUAGCAAUGUUGUAUACAACAAGAUGAAUUUUUAUUGCCAAUCAGCUUAAUGGAACACACUCGGCCGGGUGCUAAAUGAAAGUUUGAAGAAAAUCAACAUUAAUUGUGUAGCGAUGAGAGUAAUUUCCCUUCAGCGUGCCAGCUUUGUCACAUGACCACUGUUGUUAAGGCUGUUGUUGAUGACAACUUCUCCAGCAGUAUCGCCGCAUUCUCAGCCGUCGCCAUCAUGUUUAUACUUCUAUACGAACAGCUAACUCGUCGAAUAACCCUGUUUCAAUGUGGAGCCCGGCAAAAUUAAUAGACGAAUCAGGACUGUCAAAGAUGUUCACACUACUUCACUGCGAUGUGUCUUCAUGCCAGUUUCGAAAAGAAUCAGAGCUUUUGUUAGCUACAAGAAGGGACAUCGCUCAGUCUAGCUUUGGUUCGAUGCCCCAACUGCGUUUUGUUGUUGACGUUAGCAACGCUACCGAAUUUCCGUUACUCGGCUGCUUUGACUUUUCAUGACAUCAUAGCACGAAACAAUGAAAUAACAAGGAUUCUCUAUGGAAAUCUUUUUUUUUUUCUUUCAAAUACAAUUAAGGUAUAUUUCUAAUUUAAGCUAGUAUUUUAAAAAUUAUUUGUGGCGAUGAGUGCUUGUUGUAGCCGCGACUUAUGUUAUUGUUCUUGUCACGGUUGCCAUUCGACUGUCUUGGCUGUGACGUCCAUUUACUGAUUCGUUCUUCCUUAAUAACCGACUCGUUUGUUGUGGUGUAAUUUAUUUUAAGUUCUGUGUACAUGCCCCCCACAUGAUGAAGAACAUGGAACAAGAUGAAGUUUUAGAUCAUUUGAAUGAUCAAAGUUCGAUUAAAAAACUGGAAACUUUAAAACAAUUACAAUUGACAGUUAAACGAAAUGGAGGUCGAUUACCGUGGGAAGAUCCGUGGACAAUUUUCAGAGGCUUGGAUGUUGUUUUGGUAGAUGUUGCUUGGGAGGUCAGGUUAAAAUGUCUCCAUUUGAUUGUAGAUCUAAUACCUCAGUUAGGAUUUAACAUUGACUCUUGCAUGUUUUUGAUCUUAAAAAAUUUAAUUCUAGCUUUUGCUGAUAUUAAAAAACCUGUUCGUCGAACUUCAAUACAAGCUAUGCAUUUAUAUAUGAAAUAUACGAAUAACUUUGAAGAAUUGUCCAAGGCCAUUGUGCUUUAUGGACUAGAAAAUAGCAACGAUCAUAUUAAAAAGGAAUGGGUUUUUGCUUUACCAAUUCUUUUCACUAAAGAUCUGAGUGGUCGCAACGUUUUCCCUUAUGUCCAGUCUCUAACAAAAAUAGUGUCCCAGGAUUACAAUGAUAAUUUACAAGAGCUUGCAAUGCUUGCCCUACAGACAAUUUCUGAACUUGUUGGCUUAAACAAAUUCAAAUCUUAUUUGCAUAGGCUACCUGAAGAUAUUAGAUUGUCAUAUCUAAGAGAAUUACUCCCUGAAGAUAGGGAACUUUAUUCCGAUUUGAAUGAUUCUCAAGAAUAUUCUCUCGCACAGCCAAUUUUCCACACCAACCAACAACGCCAAUUUCCAUACCAACAACCUCACCCACAGAAUUCAAAUUACCAAGAUGGUCAACAAACAGAAAUAUUUCACUCUGAUGAUAAUGGAUUUGGAGUGUUUCCACAGCAAAUUAUUGCUCAAAUAUUGCGACUUGAAGAUGGUUACAGACUCAGAGCACCAGCUGUUGAGCGUGUUAAAGGAAUUCUGCAUUCUCUUUCAAGACAGAAAAUUUUCUAUAAAAUGGGCCCACAUAUGUUACAAUUCAUUUAUUUUGUAGAUAACUUACUUGAUGACUCUAACUUUAAAAUAACAACUAUUGCCCUGGAGAUUUUAAGUAUUCUCGUGGAAAAACUUGAGCAAGAUGCUCAGCAUUUUCUGAAGCAUCUUGUAUCGACAUUGGCAAGACGAUUGGGUAAUAAUAAGAUUGUUAUUAGGCAAGGCAUUAUGAAAGUGACUAUAAAACUUAUGCAAAAUGCUACACCUAAGCUUGUACUUGGUGUUAUGCUAGAUAACCUACGCCAUAAGAACUCACGAGUAAGACAAGAUAUGAUUAAUAUCUUAAUUGCAGCUUUGCUGACGUUUCCAAGCUAUGAAUUUGAUUUAUAUGCUUUGUGUAAGGAAAUUGUACCCCUUUUAACAGACUCGAAGCGAAAUGUAAGACGAGCUGCAUUAGAAUGUGUUGCAGUUAUUGCACAGGCAAUGGGACAAGGAAGACAUCAACCUUUGUUUCAGGUAGUUGAUUUGGAAGAGUCACGCCACAGUUCAUCAAAGGGCCUUAUGAUUGCCGUUCAAGCCCGCCUGGCUCGUAGACACCUCCCUCGACUUGACGAAGAUGGUUUAGUCGACUAUGCUAUGCCAGCACCCUCUUCAGCUGCACAAAGAAAAAUAACAGGGGACACACAGAAUGCUGACAUAGAAUGGGUUCAGGCAGCUGCCAGUGGUGGCAGCAGCUCGGCCCGGUAUGAGUCAGUAGAGAACGAAAACGUGUCCAUUAAUGAAAGCUCGUCUGCAUCAUCUCCAGAUGAUUAUCCUGUAGUUACAAAGCGAUUCCUUAGUGCUGGCAAAGGUAAAAACAAACUUCCAUGGGAAGGUGAUGAGAAAAACCAGCAAAAUAAACUGUAUGAUGAUUUACCUUCUUCUGCUCCAACACAGCCAACAAAGUUAUCUGAUGUUGGCAGUCGCAAAUCACCAAGUCUGCCUGGAACUGAUGCUGAAAGGCUAAAACUUAAAAAAGCAGCUUUUGUUGUUGGUUCUAAAGAAAAUUCUUCUGAUCUGGAUUCUAAAGACAAAGCAUUUUGGGCAAGUAGCAAAAGUCAUGAAGAUUUGUCAAAGCAUUCCCGAUCAAAGUUAUUUCCAAUCAAUACAAAAGAUGUGGAUGACUCGCCCAUACCUAUGAAACCAGCUUUGGCACGAGGAUCUGCUUCCAGCCGCAGUUGCAGCAGCAGCAGUAGCAGCAGUCGCAGUGAAAUGCAGUUAUUUUCCAACUCUCCUGAUAUCAAUCACUCUUCCUAUACUGCAUUUGGUACUCCUGAUGAGAUGCAAAGCUCUUUGAAAAACAUAAGAGAUAGUGCUUCAAAAAGACGAGCUGAAAGACUGGAGAAAAGUAGCAAUUCUGCAGACAUGUUCCAGAGUCUCAGCUCCAGUGAGAGAGAACACUGGAGUGAUUUUCAUGAUAAAAAAGAUGACUUGAAGAAGAAAGACAGUUUAACAUCAAAACUGUCAUCUGAGUCUUUAUUUGAUGCCAAGCCAAACUUGACAAGGAAUAACUCAAUACGAUCUAGACACCAGCAUGAUUAUAUAAAUGAAAACAUAAAAGUCAGUCAGUCGCCAGAUAGUUCUUCAGUCACCAGAUCUCAUAGUAAAACCUCAGAAGUGUGUGUGUUUGGAAAAGGCUAUGCUGAAGAUUCAUACACUGACAUAAAAGCAGGUGGCGCCUCUGGUAAUAAAAUGAAACAUCAAAAGAGGGCCAGUAAAGAUGAAUCUAAGAUACCUGCAUUAGUGAACAUAAACUCAAGGUGGUGUGACAGGUAUAAAAUUCACCUUGUAAAUGAGAGAUAUGUGGUUCAAUUCCCUACAGUGGAUGCUUCAUCUGGCACACCUCUUGGUAUGGCAUCAUUAUAUUCUUACGGGAGUUCAGAAAUAGGUUCUGGAGAGAUUGCUGCUGAGCCAAAAAUGAUUGGUGUCAUUGGAAAAGGAUUAAAUCCUGUUGAAACAAAUUUGAACUCUCAAAUGACUGGUUCAGAGAUGGAAUCAUUUGAGCACAAAUUGAAUGAUACGCACAUGGGUAGCGGUGUUCAUGGCAUUAGCAUUGCAAAUUCUACAAAAGAUAAGCUAAUUUGCAAAGACAGUAUACAAGAUAACAGUGACAUAGAGGGUGAUUCUAUGAGAGAAGAUUUUACUCAAAUUUCUACAACAAAACCUGUGAAAGAAAGAGGAACGAUGAAGAAGCGUAAAGGAGAUAAAACAAAACAACCUGAAAUCUAUAACAAAAUUCAACUAGAAGUUCUUCCUGUGAAUUCAAAUCCUCUUAAUUUAGAGAAAACUUGUAAACCAACACCAAGCUUAACUCCGAAGAUAAAACCAAAGACGCACAUUUUAGACAAUGAAAACAAUCAAGCUCUCAGGAAUUCUUCAGAUCUCACUCAACCCCCAGAAAACUCUGUCUCACUACCACCAGCUGGAAUUGAUGAACUGCAACAAAAGUUAAAUCAAGAAGACUGGAAAAUAAAAUGUGAAGCUCUUAAUUCAACAAGACAGCUGUGCAAACAAUGCCCGAGUGCUUUCGAUUCUGGUUUCCAUCCGUUGAUGAUGUUAAUAACCAAAGAGUUGGAAAACCUAAGGUCUCAAGUUAAAAGAGAUGCUAUUCUUUGUGUUACUGAUAUGUUUCUCUAUCUGAAGAGAAGAAUGGAUGCAGAAUUAGACAAAGUUAUUGGUUGCUUAUUAGCUUUGAUGGCUGUCAGCAAAGAAUUCAUCAGGAAUGAUGUAGAAAAGGCAUUUGAUGCAAUGGUUGAAAAUAUCACCUGUACGAAGGCUUUGCCGAUCCUCAUAACCAAAGGUUUGAAGCACCGAAGUGUAGGUAUAAGAAAAACGGCAUCGUAUUACAUAACAGUUAUUGCAAAAAAAAUUGGUCACCGACGAUUAUUAAGUGGUGUUAAAGAUUUGACAGAUAAAAUUCUACAAGCCACACUCGACUGCUUAACUGAUCCAUCCAACGAAGUACGGUAUCAUGGUAAAGAAAUUCUUUUUUUGUUGAUGGAAAACCCCAGUUUGGAACAACAGCUAGAGAAAUACCUUCCUUCUGAAUCUAUUAAUACCAUGAAAAGUCAAAUAGAAAACUUGAAUAAAAAGGGUUUGGUUGAAAUGUCUUAUGACAUAUCAUCUGCUCCACAUUCAGCAAAGUCUUUGUCCUCAUCAAGGACUGGAUCUGCUGCAAGCUUAGUAAAUGUUCAUGCUAGUGCAAAACGACCUAUAUCAUAUAAAAAUAUUGAAAUGGUACAAGAAGAAAUAAAAGAAAUGAACAAACUUCUUUCUGCUAAUGAUUGGCGUGUUCGACAAAAAGGUCUUGAAAAUUUCAAAGAACUGUGUGAUUCAAACCCUAAUAUCAUUGCAACAAACAUCACUCAGAUCUUUGAUAACUUUUUGCCACGGCUACAGGAUGCCAAUAGUAAAGUGAAUUUACUAGCCUUAAAGAUAUUACUUGAAGUGAUACCAAUCAUUUACCCAUCGAUGGGACAAGUUAUCAACUUAACUGUGAACUAUGUUAGCACCAACUUAUCCUCCAAAAACCUUGAAAUUCACAAUAUCACCAUAAAAAUUUUGGAUUUGUUAAUACAUUGUUUAGAACCAAGCAUUUUACUCCGUCCUUUUACAAACCAAGUCACAAGCAAUGCCCGAAAAUGUUCUGAAAUUAUACCGAAAAUUGCUGAAUUAGUAGAAAAAGAAUACAAGUUAAAACCAAAGCAAAUGGAAAUGUACAUUUUACCUUUAGUACUUCACCUUAUCAACUGUGUGAGCAGUAGUGCUACUGUUCAAGGUGGGAGUUGUAACUUGAGACGGGCAACAACUCACCUCAUAUGCAUUCUAAACCAACAAAUGGGACAUACAUUGAUGGAUAAAUUCUCUCAGCUGGUAGGAGUUACCACCAGACAUCAACAAUAUCUCCAGGAUGUAUUACCUGAAGAAUUGUUUAAAUGAAAUUUUUAUAAGGAGACACGACAAAAGGAUGAAGAAGAUUUAGAGAAAGAAAAGAAGACUAUUUUUUUAAAUUAAUGCACAUGAUUGGGUUUUCUUUUUCCCUUUUCUUUUUUUUCUUUUUUCUUUUUUUUUUUUCAAUCAUAUCUGACACACCUUUAAAUUAAUAACAUUAUUCAGAAGUUUAAAUUAUAAAUACAAACAGUAGUAAUAUGAUGAAAAAUCCCUUUCUAGUGUGAGCAUAUAGACAGCUUAAGAAGAAAAUAUAUUUAGUCGAAGGUGAGUUCAGCUUAUUUAGAUGAUAAAAGUGAGUUCAUCUUAAAUAGCUUAUGUGUGAAGAAUAAAUGAUUUGCUUUGUUUUGAUUUGAGUAAAAUCAAGGUUCUUUGUGAAGAAUGGUUUGACAAAAGGAAUUCUGUCUUGCAUUUCUCACAGAUUUUCUUUGCAAAAUACUUUAAACACAAAGAAUAUUGAUGAGCAAUGAAAACUUUUAAAGCUUCUCAAAUUUUUCACUCUAUUGCAUAUAUUAUUUGAGAAAAUGCUUAUUUAAUUCUAGAUCAUUUUAUUUUAUUUAUAUGUGAUCUGGUUUAGAUCUUUGUAGAAGCUAUAGAAAUUACACUGAAAGUUAUUAGUUUUUUUUGUUUUUUGGGUUUUUUUUUUAAUUACAUUCUCUGUUUUUACUGGGUUAUUUUAAGGAUAAUAGAAUGGUUAAUAUAGAAAAUGAGACUUAAAAUUGUGUACAAUGAAGAUUAUUGUAAUAAAAAGGAGAAUGAAUGUGUCUGAAUUUUGCAGUGAUAGUAUCAAUACUAGUGAUAUUAAUUUUGGUAUUGCUCUUUCUUUUUAUUGCAAUAUGGUGGGGACUUUGUUCAUAUCUACUAUGUAAAAUUAUACUGAAACACCAACUAUGCAACUUUUCUUUCAAUUACAAUGAUAUGGGCACAAUUAGAAAUGAUAACAAAGCAAAAAAAUGUAGAUAUAAUCAUUUUCAUAAUUCUGAUCUUAAUGCUUCAGAUUUAUGUGGAUUAUAAAGGUGAUAGUUAUGGUAAGGAUUAUAAUAUUCUUAAUGGAAAGGAGGAUUGGGGAAUGCAGAGACAGUACUUUAUUUUGUCCUUGUUUAUGUGAACUUUAACUCCCACUGUUGUGAGGGGGAUCACCUUUCGCCUCUACUGAGGUCAAUAAAUUAAAUGUCAGUAAUGUAGUAGGGUCAGUUUGAUUUACUGUACCAUCCUACACAAAUUUAUGCCUAUAUACUAAUAUAAGAAUUCAGGUUUAAUGGGGAUGUUUUAUCAUCUAUAAUGGUGAUGACUGUAAA